AUGAAUGAAGGGAAAAUAUUAAUGAAAGGCAUUCAACAGGAAUUACAACUGAAUAUUGAAGUGUCUAAUAAAGAAACAGCCGAAACAACAAGAAGAAACACAAAGAGAAACACUAGAAAACCCAUAAAAUACAGACAAGAUGACACCGCAGAUACUGAUGAAAAAACAGAUACUGAUGAAAAAACAGCAGACAGACCACGGUCAAAUGGUCACAUCGAAAAUAGCGAUACCAGCCAACAAGUAGUGAAUGAAGUUGUGAAAGUAUACACCAAUCCGUUAACUCCCACCCAAAACAAAUCUACCCAUUUACUAUUUGUUAAAGAAGAUACUCCCAGCAAAAUACCAGUAAGAAUGAUAAAUGGGGAAACAUCUACGUCACCAAAACAACCACCAAAGAUACAAGCCAUUGAUAAUCAGCAACUUGUUGAACUAAUUGAAGAUAAUCAUCAUCAGCAAAUCUCAAUGUUUUCAAACAUGGAUACCAAAAUUACUGACACUUUCAAUCAACUUCUUUAUAAAUUAGCCUCAGCUACUGCAACAAAAUACAAUAUUCCAGUAGAUGUGAAAAUACUCCAGAAGGAAAUAAAACAUAAAGAUGAAGAAAUACAAGAAAUAAAGAUGCAACUUAGAGAGAAACAAGACACCAUAGAAAAGAUGCAAGUAAAGAUAAAUAACACAAUUAUUGAAAACAACUCAAUGACUAUUGAAACAGAUCAAAUGAAAGAAAUUAUCAAAAGUAAGGACUCAGAAAUAAACAGACUAAAGAAAGAAAUGGACAAACAAACAAAAAGCAGCUACACAAAUGAAAACAACUUUCAGAAAAUGGGAAAAAAGAUAUGUGAAGUUGUAGUGGAACAAAUAGAUAAAGUUGGUGAAACAGUUAAAAAUAAUGAAAAGUUGGUAACAGCUGUAGAUGAAACCAAUCAGCCAUCCCAUCAAUCAACAGAGCAAAAAGACACUAGUUAUACAUCAAAGAAAACAACUAAGGAACCAUUAAUGCUACAGUAUGUCAGAAAACAACGUCAACCCAGGAAAAUACCAAACGGGGUACAACAUCUUAUUAUGAGUGAUUCUCAGUCAUCCUCUAUACAUAACAGAUAUUUAGCAAAGAAUCAAAUGGUGUUAACGUACAGUGGUGCUACUAUAGAUACCAUAAGACAGGCAAUAUUAGAAAAUGAAUUCCCAACAACUAUAAAAACAUUAACACUUAAUAUUGCUGGUAAUGAUAUUGACAAUGGAACUAGCAGUGACGAUAUCUGGAAAAACUAUGAAGAUCUUAUCUUCAUUAUAAAGCAGAAAAUUCCAAAUAUAGUCCUGUUCUUAUGCGAGUUAUUUCCAAGAAGACACUGGCUGGAAAAUAACAAGAGACAUAUGGAUAUGUUGAAUGACAAGAUUAAAACCAAAGAUAGCAAGAAAGAUAUCCACAGAGUCAGUAUGAAUAACAUACAACUACGUAAUCUUAGGAAAGAUGGCAUACAUAUCAACCACAAUGAGGGUGUAAAGCUGUUCAUUAAUAACAUCAAAUCUGCAAUAAAUGAUUUCUCUCCAUUAGAAGCACGUCCACAAACAAGAAGAAAUAUGCAAAAUAAUACAUGGGGAUUUCAAACAAAUCUAACUAGACAUACAAACUACAACAAGAAUGCAUCAAACCAACCGAUACUUAUGCUUCAGUACUAA